AUGCUCUGGUUUUCUGUACUAAGUUUGAGGUGUCUGGCCUCAGUCUCACGGAGGAGGCCACCCAAUUGUCUGGAGGUGGUACCAGCAUGCAGGUCAGCCCUGGGCUCUGAGCCUGGCCAGGCUGCCCUGGGCUCCGUCCUGGUCCUCCCCAAAGUUGGGGCAGCAUUGGCUGGCAAGCAUAGCCUGGGUCUGCCCUUCUGGGACAGCUCUACCUCUGCACCCCAGUUUUUCUUUUGCCACAUCUCAAGCCUCCACGAAGCUGGGGGGACCCUUCUCCCACCCGUCCAUCAACAGGAUGUACCCCCAGGGAAGGCACCCGAGCCCUCUGCAGUCUGGCCAGCCUUUCAAGUUCUCAGUCCUGGAAAUCUGUGACCGGAUCAAAGAGGAAUUCCAGUUUCUCCAAGCUCAAUACCACAGCCUCAAGCUGGAGUGUGAGAAGCUGGCCAGCGAGAAGACAGAAAUGCAAAGGCAUUACGUGAUGUAUUACGAGAUGUCCUACGGGCUCAACAUUGAGAUGCAUAAGCAGGCUGAGAUCGUGAAACGCCUCAGCGCGAUCUGCGCCCAGAUGGUCCCGUUCCUCACGCAGGAGCACCAGCAGCAGGUCCUCCAGGCCGUGGACCGAGCCAAGCAGGUGACCGUGGGAGAACUGAACAGCCUCCUGGGGCAGCAGAACCAGCUCCAGCCGCUCUCCCACGCUCCCCCUGCGCCGCUCACCCCUCGCCCGGCCGGCCUGGUGGGUGCCGGGGCCACGGGGCUGCUGGCCCUGUCCGGGGCGCUGGCUGCACAAGCUCAGCUGGCGGCUGCCGCCAAGGAAGACCGCGUGGGUGCGGACCCCGAAGGGUCCAGAGUGGACAGAGCUGUGAGCAGGAGUGCUUCACCCUCCCCGCCUGAGAGUCUGGUGGAAGAGGAGCACCCUAGCAGUCGUGGUGGCAAUGGCAAGCCGCAGAGAGAAGACAAGGAUCUGUCAGGGCCUUAUGAAAGUGAUGAAGACAAGAGUGAUUACAACCUGGUCGUGGAUGAGGACCAACCCUCAGAGCCCCCCAGCCCUGAGACCACCCCCUGUGGAAAGGGGUCCCUCUGCAUGUCUGCUCGCAGGGACCUUGCUGACAGUCCGGCCUCCCUGGCCUCCAGUUUGGGCUCACCGCUCCCGAGAAGCAAAGACCUAGCCCUGACGGAUCUUCCCACGGGCACUUCUGCCUCCAGGUCCUGUGGCCCCUCCCCACCCCAGGACUCAUCCACCCCGGGGCCCAGCUCGGCCAGUCACCUCUGCCAGGUAGCGGCUCAGGCAGCUCCGUCUUCAGACAGCAUCGCCCUGAGGAGCCCCCUGACCCUGUCCAGCCCCUUCACCUCAUCCUUCAGCCUGGCCCACAGCACCCUCAACGGGGACCUGUCCGUGCCCAGCUCCUACGUCAGCCUCCACCUGUCCCCCCAGGUCAGCAGCUCUGUCGCAUAUGGACGCUCACCCCUGAUGGCAUUUGAGUCACACCCUCAUCUUCGAGGCUCGUCCAUCUCCUUGCCUGGCAUCCCCGGGGCUAAGCCGGCUUACUCCUUCCACGUGUCCGCGGAUGGCCAGAUGCAGCCGGUGCCCUUCCCGUCCGACGCCCUGGUGGGCACCGACAUCCCUCGCCACGCCCGGCAGCUGCACACGCUGGCCCACGGCGAGGUGGUGUGUGCCGUCACCAUCAGCGGCUCCACGCAGCACGUGUACACGGGCGGCAAGGGCUGCGUGAAGGUGUGGGACGUGGGCCAGCCGGGCAGCAAGACACCCGUGGCCCAGCUGGACUGCCUGAACCGGGACAACUACAUCCGUUCCUGUAAGCUGCUCCCCGACGGCCAGAGCCUCAUCGUAGGCGGCGAGGCCAGCACCCUGUCCAUCUGGGACCUGGCAGCACCCACGCCGCGCAUCAAGGCUGAGCUGACCUCCUCCGCCCCGGCCUGUUACGCGCUGGCCGUCAGCCCCGACGCCAAGGUCUGCUUCUCCUGCUGCAGCGACGGCAACAUUGUGGUCUGGGACCUGCAGAACCAGGCCAUGGUCAGACAGUUCCAGGGCCACACGGACGGGGCCAGCUGCAUUGACAUAUCGGACUACGGGACCCGGCUGUGGACCGGCGGCCUGGACAACACGGUGCGCUGCUGGGACCUACGUGAGGGGCGCCAGCUUCAGCAGCAUGACUUCAGCUCCCAGAUUUUCUCGCUGGGCCACUGUCCCAACCAGGACUGGCUGGCUGUGGGGAUGGAGAGCAGUCACGUGGAGGUCCUGCACGUGCGCAAGCCGGAAAAGUACCAGCUCCGCCUGCACGAGAGCUGCGUGCUGUCACUCAAGUUUGCUUCCUGUGGACGCUGGUUCGUGAGCACAGGCAAGGACAACCUGCUGAACGCCUGGAGGACACCCUACGGGGCCAGCAUUUUCCAGUCCAAAGAGUGUUCUUCUGUGUUGAGCUGCGACAUCUCCAGGAACAACAAAUACAUCGUGACAGGCUCGGGGGACAAGAAGGCCACUGUGUACGAGGUGGUGUACUGAGCCCAUCUGCCCGCAUCUGCAGGUCACCUGUCCUGGAUGGCCACUCGGGACAUACUUCCCUCCGUUCACACCUUGGCUCUCUCCCUCCUGGCUGGGGAAAUAUAACCUAUUCAUCAA